CGAAGAAAAUUGAUAUCACGUCUUCGUUAUCAUAUUUCAUUUUUAUUUGAAAAGGCAAUUAUCUCUCACGUACGUAGCUUCUUAUUAGUCCUUAUAUAUUCUUGGAGGUUUUAAGUCAUUUAUAUUAGCCAAGGCCGUUUGAUUUCGUAAAUGGGAAAACCCCCUUGGCCAGAACAGCUGUUGACUUUUGGACCUGAAGUGCAAAAAGUUCUUAAAAGACAAACGUUGCGUAAUACGAAUGAUUGGUAACAGUCAUAUGUCAUUUAUUGGUAAAAGGUCAUAAAGGUGCUAGAAAUUUCUUGCCCUGGAAAAACGCAAGCUCAAGCUGGUGCCAUUUAAACCAAAAUUAUCUUUACUGUAAAUUCAACUUCGACGACGAUUUCCCAAGGUAAAGGUAUGUCAAGCAAUCCAGGGCUUCGUCAUCCUCUACUCAACGACAGGAAGACGUCGGAAACCUGUUUUGACGACAGUGGAGAACCGAAACUAUCUACAUUAGCGGAUCACCUUGGGAUUACUGAGAUCGAUGCUCUUCAUGACUUUUCGUCAAGUCGGAGUAGUGCUGGAGACAGGAAAAGCCAUCAAAAAGGACGGGAAAGUCCAACUGUUGUCUUAACUCAGGAGCAAGUGAACAAUUUGAUUCAAACCCUGGAAAAUACUGGGAAUGCUCUCAAACAGCUGACUUAUCGUGGAAGUGAAGUUGCACCUCAUAGAAGACCAAGGAUUCCAAGAUGGAUAAUAUCCCAUCUUUUGAUGAUUACAGCUCUUUGGCAGAUAACAGGGACUUUGGCGCUGGCAAUCUUAAAAGGCUUCACAGCACACAGAAAAGAUGAACGAUCUACCUUUAUUUUGACAAUAGCAAUACUGGUUGUGAUACAAGCAGUCAAUCUUCUAUUGGUUUUUGUAACUUCAGUGAAACUCACCAAGCAGUUCCUUCACCAAACUGUAACCAAGUCAUUUCUUGCACAGUCAUAUUUAUCUAUGACACUCUUGUAUGCUGGUCUCUACACUCUGGUGUAUAAUAUUAAGCAUGAAGCCUUUGAAGAAUCAACUGAUGGCCUCAAAAUCGGUGACUCUGCAUUUUCAUCAUUUGUCCUGUUUUCUAACAUGUUAUACUAUUCAAUAAGUACGGCUACACUGUGUGGUACUGGCCAUAUUAUUGCUUCAACAUGGUAUGCACAGCUUAUUUCAGCUUCUCAGAUGCUAAUGAGCUAUGUCUACUUUGCAUCAGUGCUCACCAUCGCCGUUCACCCACCCAAGAAAAUCCAAUACACAAUAGGAAAACAUAGAGACAGGAAUAUUAACUCAACUAGAUCUUAUGGUAGUAUACGUAAUGUAUAGGGUCGAAUAUCUUGAACGAAAGCACUAAAAAUAUAACACCUACGUCGAACAUGAGGAAAGCAGAGCAAGUAAUUACCUUGCCUGUCCUCACUAAAAAAAAAGCGUAAAAUCGAAACUUUUUCCAUCAAUUCACUUCUGCUAUUUCCUUAUUUAUUAUUAUAGAAAUGGCCAUGAAUCCUUACGAUUUAUUGUUAAUAUAAACGAUUAACUGAACGAGAACGAUCAUAAAAAUAGCAUGGACAACGUCGGUGCGAACGGAUAACAUAUAAAAGCAGCUAUAAAUGAAUAUUGACCUGACCUCCAUAAAGGAAAACAAAUACAUUAAAAAUUAAAUUAGACUUAUUUUUCUCUUGAGCUGUUUGUCGCAGUAACUGAUGGGCUCCGACGAAGGAAGCAAGGUCAGAACGAUAUAUUGAGUAUCUUUUCAAUGAUUUAAUAAUAUUUUU